AUGGCUGGUUCUAAGGGCAAGGUCUGCCUCGCGUACUCUGGAGGUCUCGACACCUCCACCAUCCUGGCAUGGCUCCUGGAGCAGGACUACUCCGUCGUCUGCUACCUCGCCAACGUCGGACAGGAGGAGGACUGGGCUGCCGUCGAGAAGAAGGCUCUCCAGAUCGGUGCCGAGAAGAUGAUCAUUGACGACCUCAAGCGCGAGUUCGUCGAGGAGCUCUGCUGGAAGGCUGUCCAGUGCAACGCCAUCUAUGAGGACCAGUACCUUCUGGGAACCAGCUUGGCUCGUCCCAUCAUCGCCCGCGGCCAGAUGAGGGCUGCCGUUCAGGACAACGACCAGGUCCGCUUCGAGCUUGCCUUCUACACGAUCAACCCCGAGAUCAAGGUCAUUGCCCCGUGGCGCGACCCCACCUUCUACAACCGCUUCCAGGGCCGCAACGACCUGCUCGACUACGCCGCCGAGAGGGGCAUCCCCGUUACGUCUACUAAGGCCAAGCCUUACUCCAUGGACGACAACUUCGGUACGCACCCCGUCUUCGAAUUUCAGGCCGGCAUGCUCGAGGACCCCAACGUCACUCCCCCUGAGGACAUGUGGACCAAGACCGUCUCCCCCCUCCAGGCCCCCGACGCCCCUCUCGACAUCACCGUGCACUUCGACAAGGGUCUUCCCGUCAAGGUCGUUACCCCCCAGCAGACUGCUACCGACCCCGUCGAGCUGUUCGGUCUCCUGAACGCUCUCGGCAAGGAGCACGGUGUUGGCCGUAUUGAUAUCGUUGAGAACCGCUUCAUCGGCUUGAAGUCUAGGGGUUGCUACGACUCCCCGGCGAUGACCAUCCUCCGCCUUGCUCACAUCUCCAUCGAGGGCCUUGUUCUGGAUGGUGCAGUGAGGCGAUUGAGAGACGGCCUUAGCAAGCAGUGGUCGGAGCUCUUGUACAAUGGCAUGUACUUCUCGCCCGAGCGUGCCUUCCUCCAGCCUUCCCUCGACUUCUCCCAGCAGCGUGUCAACGGUGAGGUCCGCCUCCGCCUCUACAAGGGCAACGCCUACGUCCUCGGCCGCACUUCCCAGGAGAAGCUCUACUCCGAGGAGGACGCCUCCAUGGACUCCCUCACCACCUUCGACCCCUCUGAGACCUCUGGUUUCAUCACCAUCAACGCCAUCCGCCUCAAGAAGUAUGGUCUCCAGAUGGCCGAGGCCGGCAUCAAGUUCUAA